AUCACGUCUGUUUCAUGCUGCUGUGUAGGUUUUGAGCAGAAAUAAAAAAAAAAAUCCCCGCCGUGCACCCUGGAGAAGCGAAGGGAGAGGGCGUGACGGAGAAACAGACGCCGUGCUUCAAGCUCGGAGUGUGGAAGGGAUCAGAUAACAACCCGGUUCAGAGGAGGGACAGGUAGGCUAUGUUUUUCCGUCUCCAAGGACUGCCUUUGCUGAUGUCAACAGUGAGGGAGGAGGGUACGAGACGAGGACAGGUGCGCAGAGGAAAGUUGCCUCUUCGGAAAGGUUUGGAUGAAGAGCCUGUCAUAGUGCGGAGGGAUACCAAACAGCUGGCUAAUCUUUUUUUUUCUCCCCCCAGUUGGAAAUCAGUUUUUUGAAGUUUCUUGCGUUAGUCUGAACUCUUUUUUUCUUGGGCAGUGUUAUCCGAUUUGCUCGGAAGUCUUAAGAGGAAUAUUUUCUCCGCGCUCUUGUGGUGCGUAAAAACUGUGUGGAGGCUCACAGAAUCCGUCCUGCUCUGUUGUAUCGGGGCUUUUUUUUUUUUUUUUGACGGUUUGAAGGACGCUGCUGCUUCUUGUGCUGCUUCUUAAGUCCUCGCUGCUGUGAACUGGGGUGUGGGAUCCAGACGCCCCCAGCAUCAGAAGCAGCACUCUCCGCUUCAAUGCGACACUGACGCAGCUGAUCUCGCAUCCCGGUCACAGACAGGUGAUGCUCGAGUAAAUCAAUGGAAGGAUCGAUCGCAAACUGAAGGAGUUAAAUCUAAUAGAAGAUAUUUUCGAGAAGUAUUAUGGAAUACAACACCAGAAAUCUGCCUCAACUUCUGUAAACCUGCUAUGAUUUCCCCGUGCGUCACUGCGUCUUAGGAUCAGAAGCAGUGUUGACGAUCAAUCGUUUCUUGGACUUCCUUUUUUUUGUUAUUUUUUUUUGUUUGAGGUUUACAACAAUCAACCAACAAUGUCCAAGACCCUCAAGAAGAAGAAACACUGGUCCGCCAAAGUCCAGGAGUGCACCGUGUCGUGGGGGGGCUCCGGGGAGCUGAUCACGGUGGUGGAGGUGAGAGGCGGCGCCGAGCUGGGAGAGUUCCCGCACCUCGGACACAUAGUUUCGGAGGCGCUGGUUUGUCACGUCGGGAGGUUUCCCUUCAGCGGGGACGUGCUGCUGGAGGUGAAUGGCACUCCGGUGAGCGGACUCACCAACCGGGACACGCUGGCUGUGGUCCGGCACUUUCGGGAGCCCAUCCGCCUGAAGACUGUGAAACCAGGUAAGGUGUUGAAUACUGAUUUGCGUCACUACCUCAGCCUGCAGUUUCAGAAGGGUUCCCUGGACCACAAGCUCCAGCAGGUGAUCAGGGACAACCUCUACCUGCGCACCAUUCCCUGUACCACUCGACAGCCCAGAGAGGGGGAAGUUCCCGGAGUGGACUACAACUUCAUCAGUGUGGCUGAGUUCCGUGAGCUGGAUGAAAGUGGACUUCUGCUGGAGAGUGGCACAUAUGAUGGAAACUACUAUGGGACCCCGAAGCCCCCUGCAGAGCCCAGCCCCGUGCAGCCGGAUCUGGUGGACCAGGUUCUGUUUGAUGAAGAAUUUGACUCCGAGGUCCAGAGGAAACGAACCACUUCUGUCAGUAAGAUGGACAGGAAGGACAGCGCUGCCCCGGAGGAGGAGGAGGAAGAAGAGCGGCCUCCUAUGGUCAACGGCCUGGCUGAGCACAAAGACAAGGCGGAGUGGAGGAAGACGGUGCCCAGCUACACCCAGUCCGCGGCGGCGAUGGACAUGCGGGCGUGGAACACACAGGACGAGAGUCAGGAGCCGCUGCCUAAAAACUGGGAGAUGGCCUACACAGAAACCGGCAUGGUCUAUUUUAUAGAUCAUAACAGCAAGACCACCACCUGGCUGGACCCCCGCCUCGCCAGGAAGGCCAAACCUCCUGAAAAGUGCGAUGAAGGAGGUGAGAAAAGGCCUAAAGAGCUGCCCUACGGCUGGGAGAAGAUUGAGGACCCCCAGUACGGCACCUACUACGUCGACCACAUCAACCAGAAGACCCAGUUUGAGAAUCCAGUUCAGGAAGCUAAGAGGAAAGUGAGUGUCGACAUGUCGACUGCAGCUCCACCACCUGUAGCCACACCCUCAGCAGAGGAGCCGAGUCGAGGAGUGCGGGGCUUCACGCGGGAUCCGUCUCAGUUGCAGGGCUCCAUCCUGCAGACGGCGCUCAGAAAAAGCCCUCAGGGUUUUGGGUUCACCAUCAUCGGCGGAGACCGGGCAGACGAGUUUCUUCAGGUCAAAAACGUCCUUCCAGAUGGUCCGGCUGCGCAUGACAACAAGAUUGCCUCAGGCGAUGUUAUUGUCGAGAUCAACGGAUCCUGCGUGCUGGGGAAAACCCAUGCUGAUGUGGUCCAGAUGUUCCAGUCCAUCCCCAUAAACCAGUAUGUGGACUUGGUCCUGUGUCGGGGCUACCCGCUGCCCGAGGACUCCAGCAGCAGCGAGGAGGCCAAGGACACCUCCCCUUCCCCCUCCACCUCCACCUCCACCCCACAGGAGCCCAACUACACAGCUCUGGACGGAGGAACAAUCUCCAGACAGUCUGCCGCAGCGGCGCCUAUGAUCAACGGAGGACGCCACCACCACCACCACCACCACCACCACCACCACCAACACCAACAACACCACCACCACACUGCUCACACGCCAAACCAAGACGGCCCCGACCCCACUCUGCUGCAGCCAGAGCUGAUAAGCGUGCCCCUGGUUAAAGGUCCCGGAGGGUUUGGUUUUGCCAUCGCAGACUGCCCCCUGGGUCAGAAGGUGAAGAUGAUCCUGGACGCCCAGUGGUGCCGAGGCCUGUUGAAGGGUGACGUCAUCAAGGAGAUCAACAGGCAGAACGUGCAGACUUUGAGCCACACGCAGGUGGUGGACAUCCUCAAAGACCUUCCGGUGGGCAGCGAGGUCAACGUGCUGGUGCUCAGAGGAGGUCAGACGUCUCCUGUGAAAUCCCUCAAACCGUGCACAGCUCCCAUGUCCCAGGCCGCGUCCCAGCCUAGCCCUCAGCCGUCCUCCCACCCGGCGCCCCAUCAGUCGCCCCACUCGGCCCCCCUGCCCGUCAUGCAGGCGCAGCGGCAGGAGGUGAUCAGCAGCACGGAGACCCUCGGUCAGCCGGAGGUUCCCCCCAACCCGCUCGCGUACUCCUCAAACACCCUGCGCUCGUCCUCGCCCAAACCGGACGCUUCAGAGCUCUACCUCAAGUCCAAGGCCCUGAUGGACAGCAAGCCUCAAAAUACCAAGGAGCUAGACGUGUUUAUUAAAAGGAACCAGGAGUCGGGCUUUGGAUUCAGAGUCCUCGGAGGCGAGGGGCCAGAUCAGCCGGUGUACAUCGGUGCCAUCGUGCCACUGGGCGCAGCAGAGAAGGACGGGCGCCUGCGGGCGGGGGAUGAGCUGCUCUGCAUAGAUGGCGUGCCAGUGAAGGGCAAAUCGCACAAACAAGUGCUGGAGCUGAUGACCAACGCCGCCCGCAACGGCCAAGUCAUGCUCACGGUCCGCAGGAAACUGGCACACGCAGAUGACGAUGAGGAGGAGGAGAGCAGUCAGCAGCCCCCGCAUGUAGCGUCAGCCCUGGUCAACAGCUCGCCCAAGAUUCCCCGCGGAGAGUUCCCCAACGCCGUCCAGCCCGCUCCGCCGACCCGGCCGGAGUGCUUCGAUGUGACUCUGCAGCGCAGGGACAACGAGGGAUUCGGAUUCGUCAUCCUCACAUCAAAGAACAAGCCCCCACCUGGAGUCAUACCUCACAAGAUCGGCCGUAUUAUCGAGGGCAGCCCUACAGACCGUCUAGGUCAGAUGAAGGUGGGCGACCGUAUCUCUGCUGUCAACGGCCUGUCCAUCAUGGAGCUGUCGCACAACGAUAUCGUCCAGCUCAUCAAGGACGCCGGCAACACCGUCACCCUCACUGUGGUGCCUGAAGAUGACAGCGCUCCUCCAUCUGGAACAAAUUCAGCCAGGCAUAGCCCUUCAGCACAACACCGAGCGAUGGGCCAGCAGCCUCCCAGCUACCAGGACAGGAACGGUGACACAGAAGUCAGGAACUCUCUCCUGUUAAAGGAAGGAACGCUGAUAACGUCAGGUCCUAAGCAGGGCUGUUUUGUGGUGGAGCUGGAGCGCAGCCAGCGGGGCUUCGGCUUCAGUCUGAGAGGAGGGAAGGAGUACAACAUGGGCCUGUUUAUCCUGCGCCUGGCUGAGGACGGGCCUGCUCUCAAGGAUGGAAGGAUACAUGUUGGAGAUCAGAUAGUGGAGAUCAACGGUGAAGCCACGCAGGGCAUCACGCACACUCGAGCGAUCGAGCUGAUCCAGGCGGGAGGCAGCAAAGUCCACCUGCUGCUGCGACCUGGUCAAGGCUUGGUCCCGGAUCACAGUUCGAAGGACAAAGUAACCAUUCCAACCUCAAGCUUUCCCAGACUCUCUUUAUCUGAAGGGCAGUCGUCUCCAGCCUCCCCAUCCACCGUCUCCCUCUCUACCUCCGAACUGUCCUCCCCCAAAACAGCCCCCCCCGAUGAGCACUUGGGGGGAGAUUCCUGGGCAUCUGGGUCCCCCGGGUCUGGGCAUGAGCAUGGCAGGCAGGCGAACAGAUCAAGAGGACAGCAGCUUUCUCAACACGGCCAGAAGCGUACCACCAGCCCCAGCACCCAGACCAGAAAUACAGGCAGGAGUGACUCCAAAUCUGCAAGUCCCCUGAGAGCCAAUGACGGCCGGGCAGAUCUUGUCGAGCGCUCCCCGAGCCCGAGAAAAACAGAGCGAGGCCACAGCGGAUCCCUGGAGGAUAUGAGCAGAGGGAGGAAAGCCCAGGGACAGAGAGAUUACCGCUCCUCUAGCCCUAGGAAGACCUCCAAGUGGGAACAAGAUCCUGCUGUGCCUGUGAAGAACCUGGUGGAGCCCCAGAGCCCAAGGCGUCCAGCCGGCCAGCAGCCCAGCAGUGCCUCUGGAGAAGGGAAGGACUGGAGGUACAAGGAUGAGGACGCAGCCUACUGGCAGGAGAGUGGAGACAACGGUUUAGGGACCAGUGAACGCCACAAGAAAAGCAAAAGAGCCGAACAGGAGGCGGCGUCACCAAAACCCCAUUCCCAAGCGCACAGGGAGUUGGCGGGGUUGGGUGCGGAAAGCGGCACCUUAAACCGGAGGAGGGGAAGAGAGAAGGGGGAUAAGGAAUAUCAGGAAAUCAAGCAGCUCGGGCUAACUGAGGAGGCGAAUAGAAAGGAUCCCAGAGGUUCCAGCAGUAGCAUCCAUGAUCCCAGCGUAAACGGGACCCCCACCAGCAAGAAAGCUCAGAUCACCCCUGGUCCAUGGAAGGUUCCGAGUUCUGCCAAGAUCCAGUCCCAGGUGGACGUAUCAUACGCGGAUGUCUGAUUAUCUUCCCGGGACUCUCUGCAUCUAUCAAACGAAAGCUGAGCCUCUCGAAAAAUAUGAACUAUUAGAAUGGAAGGAUUUUGAUUUUAGCAAUCUUGGACAAAGCAGACCACUGUGUAACCAGCAUCAUAGCUUCUCAUUGCUUUUUUUUUUUUUUUCACCCAGUUUGCCUCGGUCAGUUUGCAUCAAUGAUGUCUGAUCUUGUACCUACACGAGUAUUAGUACUGUGUGGAUCGUUGGUUCUGAGUGUGAUUUUUUUUUUUUUGUUGUUGGAUGUGACACUGAAGUCGAUUUUGUGCCAAUCAGGGACUCCGGUUAUAAAGAAGCUGCUCUGUUUUUGCACUCACUGUGAGACUGUUGGUGGGUAAUAAGAUGAACUGCCUGUCUCGAAUGAAGGAUAUGUCUUUUUGACGCUUUGAAGGUUUAAGACUCAAUCAUGCAAUCACUCAGCUUUUCUUCCAGACAAGAUUGACUCACUGGUCCUGGCACUGAUGGAUGUACUAAAAAAAAAAAAAAAGCGAGGCUGGUGAGUUUCCCUUAAAAUCCGCUGCAAAAGGGGUGCCUGCAACGUCAUCCACUGUCUGUUUCUGAGAGAGGGUUGAGAACUGUUUGUGUGACUGUAUUCACAUGCACAUGAAAAGUCUUUCUAUUCGCUUAUCUGAAGGUUGGCAGAAUACCCUGCAGCUUUUAUAUGCAUCAAUCAGCAGACCAGAUACUUGUGGUUAUACUGUAGUUCUAAUGUUUGUUACUUGUGUGUUGAUAAUGAAGCAUAAUGUAAUUUAUUGAAAUUAUAUGUAAACAAACCUGUUAGUACACGAAUCCAUUCUGAGUCAUUUCAUCUUUGAUGUGGACUUAAUGAUAGAAAUAGAGUGUGUAGAUAAGCAUCGCCAUUUAAAAUGUCAACACUAUCGAAUCGGUAAUCUAUACAUUCUAUUUCUGCGAUUUCAGUGUCUGUAAAGAGUCAUGCAAGCCUGAUUCAUAAUGCCGUCUACUGUUAGCAGCUCUGUGUUUCCAGUCCUCCGGCUAUGUGUGUAUACAAGAGGACAAGUAGGCCUAUGUAUAUUAGAUAUCGCUGUAGCAUUGACUAUACCUAAUCGAGAAUAUGAUUUAACAAAGUUAUAUUUACAAGAUAUAAUAACAGAGCCUGAUUGUAAAGAGAAGUGAGCCCUCUGCCUUCAACUUUAAGAGAUAUUUUUAUCAAUGUAAAUGUAGGCACAAAAAGCAUAUCGCUUUUCUUCACUCUAACCUCAAAAUCUAUUUUCGAUCAAAUUAGUUAUUUAGUACAUAUUUACCCAUAAUGUGAAUAAAUAGUAUGUGCAUUUUUUUCACCUUAAUUGUAGUCAAUCGUUAUCAACAUCAUGGCUUGCCCUUUUGUGCUAGAAAUAGCGCCAGACUCCCGUAAGAAAGCAGUUAAUUUUUCUACAACUGAAGGUCAGAAAAAGCUGCCUUUUGGUGGUUGAACGUGGUGCAUAAUGUGAAAAUUGCUUUGCUGUUUGUUUGUUUUUUUACAAUUCUCCUUUGAAAUUACAGCAAUGGGGAUCCAAGUCAGAGAUGAAAAAGAUAGAUAUUUCUUUUUAUUUAUUGGGAUCACUUGUGCCCUGCUCUGAGGACAAUAUUGUGUGUCAUGUUGCUACAGUGGAGUACAGAGACAUCUAGUGGUUCAUCAAAGUCGUCACUGCUUGAACUGUUCCUUCAUCUGCCUGUUUAAGGAUGUACUAAAGUAACACAUGCAUCUACUGGUCUAUAAGACCACUUACUAAUUUAUUGUCCACCUUUAUUGUUGAUAUGACAGGCUACUGUAUUAAUUAAUAUUCAUGCCAUUACCAUGUACGAUACUGUGGCCUUGCAUUGCUCCAACAUAUAUAAAAAAAAAAAGUUUUAGUUUUGACAUCAUGGUAGAUGUUAAUGUUUAUAAAUUGUACAGCACCUGUAUAAAUAUUUGCCUUCAUGCAGAAAAAAAAAUCCUCUGUAAAUCGUUUCAUUAUUUUUUUAAGGGAAGUCAGAAGAGAUGAUAUAUAAAAUGGGUGAUAAAAAUAAUCUGGUCAUGGCAUUCUGUUCAUGCACUGAUAAAUAAAGGUUUACUGAAUAAAUGGGAUUGAGAUAUUUCUA